AAGAAGAGCUCUGCGUAGCUCGAAAGCUGCUUGUCUCUCACCUCUAGACACAGGUCCAGUAAAAGAGUUUCCUUCACCUACCUUGCGUCUCUUACAUCCAUUGGGGAUUUUGUAUUAUAGACAAUGAGAGCACUGCGCUGGUUCCAUCCACUCAUGCAAGUCCAAGAUGAGGAGUGUGAAUUCAAAGGUUUGCCUAGAAACAAGUGAUGCCCUCUGAGUAGCCAAUAGGAUUAUUUCUAAUGCCACACUUGAAAUAAUAGUGCUGGCUGAGGGCUCUCUGUGGCUGGACUGGGGGUGGGCAGGCUUUGGUGGGGUAUUUCCAACUAUUGAUAUUUUGUAGCUUUCACUUCCUAGUUUUUGUGCUUCGAGAAGGUUCAAAGGAACAGGACCUAAUUUCCUUUUCAACAUCAACUUAGAGCCAGUGCCGGGUGCGGCAGAGCCCAGAACAUCGUCGGCUGCAGAGCAGAAAUCAGCUAGUGGGCAAGAGGCUCCAUGGAAGACGAAGACAGACGGGACCUGAUCUCCACCCAGGAGCGACCUGGUGAUGGCGUCAUGGCCCCAGAUUCUGGAGCACAGAGGAACUACUGCAGCCGUGGAGCCGUUUACUCUGCUGUCUCCAUCUUGGUGGCCCUGCUGAUUGCUGGCCAGGCCAUCACCAUUUACUUCGUGUAUCAGCAGAGUGGCCAGAUCGGCAAGCUGACCAAGACCUCCCAGAAUCUGCAGCUGGAGGCCCUGACCAGGAAACUCCCCCAAAGUGCCAAGCCAACUUCCAAGCUGAGGAUGGCAAAGUUCAGCAUGCCCAUGGUCAUGAGGGAGCUGCCACUCGCCCCGAAGGAGGACAUGAUGCCCCUGGAGAACACGGCCAUGCCUAGCAACAGCACCACGGACCAAGUCAAACACCUGCUGCUGCGGGCAGACCCCAGCAAGAUGUUUCCUGAGUUAAAGAAUAACCUGAUGGAGAAUCUGAACCACCUGAAGCACACCAUGACAAACCAAGACUGGCAGUCGUUUGAAUCCUGGAUGCACAAGUGGCUGCUGUUUGAAAUGGCCAAAACCCCCCAAACUGUGCAACCUACUGAGGUCCCAGCAGAUGAAGUGCAAUCUAAGUGCCAGGCGGAGUCAAGUUUUAGUGGUGUCUACCCGGGUCGGUUCCGCCCCCAGUGUGACGAACAUGGUGACUAUCUUCCCAAGCAGUGCCAUGCCAGCACGGGGUACUGUUGGUGCGUCUACAAAAAUGGCACCAAGAUCGAAGGCACUGACACCCGUGGAAAGCUGGACUGCCCUGUUACUCCGGGUGGUUUGGACACUGAAGAACUGAUGUACUCAGGUGUGGAUCUGCUGAAGCUGGAGUCUGGCAAAGGGAAAGACUUCACCAAGUAGAAGAGGACGCAGAGGCCUGGCACCUUCUGUCUCCGCCUCCAGUUUGCAGAGUUACCGCUCUUUUUCACUCAUGCUUUUAAAUUGCUUUCCUGAAUUACAGCAGCAGCCGCUGAGAGCCUCUGUUCAGGCAUUUAUUAUUGUUUAUCGUCUUAGCAGGCGAUCCAAAUGAGUAGAUUAUAGAUCCUGUCUGCCAAACCCAGUGCCUCUCCCUGUACCAAGAUGUGCUGCAGCAAGCCAGCAGAAUAUUAGGACUUUUAGUGGAGAAAGGAUGCAGUGGCCCCCUGAAUUGCAAUCAAAGGCAGGCAAAGGAUAAAGCUCUUAGUGCUUUCUUGGCUAAUCAGAGCACAUUAGCCGUUGCAUGGACAACCACAGGUGUCUGAAUAGCGAGGGGGCUGGUGCAGUACCACAGCUCCUGUAAUAUCAGCACUGUCCAGUGGGAAGAGGGGAUCCAGGUCCAAAACACGGUCAAUUUCAAUUGAAUUAUCUCAGUGAAUUGUUAGAUACGCUGGACAUGAUCCUUCCCUCCCUUACAGUGGUGUAACUCCAUUGACUUCAGUGGAGUUGUCUCUGAUUUACACCAGUGUACGUGAGGAGAAUCAGGCCCUAUGUUUGCUUAUAAAUGGCUCUGAGGGUCUGGAUGAGUUUGGUCAGCCACUGGUGGAGACUUGUCUGGUUGUUCCAAGAACCAAGUACUUGUGUGUGCGGGGCGGGGGUGUCCAUAAGGUUCUGACUGCCACAGCCCCGAAUGAUAAUGCUGGGGUAUGUCUGUAUCUCAGGUGCAACCUCCAAAUUCACUGAACCUGCCAGCAACCCUUAAACAUGUAUUCAGUGCUGAUGAGUAGCACAGGCCUUCUCUCCCCCAUCCUAAAGGACCAAGCUGGGGUAGGCAGCACCCCACCCUAUGAAGCACAUGCUAUUCCAAAUUACAUGGGCAGGAGCAUUCAGCCACUGAAAUACCCUGAUUGCUUGAGCAAUGCUUUGCGCUUCAUCACAGAGUUAGAGCUCUUAGUUUGAGAACCUGGCUAGCAGUGGGUUCUGAAGCGCCUCUGGGGCCAUGGGUCACCAAGAAGAGGCUGUAGGAAGAGUUUGAUAUCACUCAAGCUAAAGAAUGGGUCAGUGGCUUUUCCUUACGCUGAACAGACAUUAAAUGCAGCAGCAAUGAACUCUGAUCUUAACCAAAGUAAGUGGGCUUCUGGGGGACAUUAGCGUACUAGAGGAAUGCAGGCUUCCUAUAUUUUUUAAACAGGCAAAUGAUUUUAUAUGGCUGUAUUUCCCCAUCCGUUGCUUAACCCUGGUAUUUGGUAGGAUCUUUGUUGAACAGGUAACGUAAUAGCUAAUCUUGGAACUAGAAUUGUGUGUUUUUGAAUGUAUUCUAUUGUUACAGCAUAACCAAACUCACAAGGCUGAUGAUUUCAAAUAAACUUUUAAUAAUGACCGCCACUAAAAAA